UGCCGGCACGUCAUGGAAAAAAAGGUAGAAGAUGCUUUACGACAAGAAGCAGCGGAAAAUUCGAAGGACAGAGAUAGUUUAACUGGCGGAGGGAGCAAUGCGAGUAACAACGAUGAUGACGAGGAGGAAGACUUUUUCAAUUCUGUCACUCAGUCUAUAGAAAAACCAAAGAGCUCCAACUCUUUAAAGAGUAAAGCGCAAAGUCUCGUUAAAAUGUGGCUGGAUAUGAAAUCAAAAGACUCGUUCAACGAUGCUGCAUUCCUCGGGGAACAGAUAUUCAUAAAUCUAUUUAUUAAAUACAAUACUGCUAUACCCUCAAGCGCUGCAGUUGAACGUCUGUUUUCCACGGGUAAAGACAUUUUAACACCAAAACGAGCCUCGCUUUCAGACGAGAACUUCAACAUGUUAAUGUUCAUGAAGGGGAAUAUGCACCUUAUGCCCGACGAUUAAAUUACACAUUUGAAUUAUA